GUUGAGUUUCUUUUUCUGAACCCAGAGGCAUGUUUACACAUUUCAUUAAAGUAUCAGAGACGUAUACUGAGAACCUGCUACAUGUCACACACUAUCGUAGGAGCUGUAGACAGAAAAAUAAUAAAAUCUUGUGUCUUUAUUUAAAUUUUGUUGACUUUCACCCCCAAGUGAGUCUCCUCCCACACCCCGUCCUGUAAUAUAUGCAUCUGGGAGGUCUUUUUUGCCUUUUUAAAAAUAUACAGAUGGUUUGACAUAUGUAUAUAAGAAUAUAAAAUUCACCACUUUAUCUUUUGUGUGUGAGUGUGUGCUGUGAAGAGCUCCUUUAUUGGGGUGAUGGAACCAGUGGCUCCAAAGUGAAGAGCUGGUUUACUGCUGUGAAGGGUUCGCGGCUUUGAAUUUCAAGCUCUGGUUCUGUGUCCUUGGGCACCUGCGCGUGAAUCGUUGCCGCGAGGCUGGGCCAAGUUAAGGCCCCAAGCACUUUGGCUUCCGGGCCAGGGAUGGCCUCCAUGCCCCACAGGGUGAAGCGGCUGAAGCUGGCAGUAGUUCCGAGGAAGCGGUCGAAGUCCCGCUGCAGAGGCUCCUCUUCUUGGUUGUCACUCCCGGAACCCCGCCAGGGGUCUGGCUUCUCCAUCGACACCUCCUCCUCUUCAGUCACCAUCACGUAUCCCACGAGGCUGGGCGGCACCGCCACCUCCUCGCCCCGUAGACUGCGGCCCCGAAAAGACGCACCAUGGCGGGCCGCAGGAUAUCAGGUGUAGUGUGGCGGGGGCGGCGUCCCGCAGUGUAGCUGGACGGAACUGGACGCCGUACCUCUCGAUAGCCGCCUAGUCGCCGCUCUCCAUCCUCGCUCUUGUGCGACGCCACUUUAUCCCUCUUAAAGUGGAGGAUUUAGUAGUACCGGGGAACGAAGGCAACAAGAGCUAACCAUAGCAACAUUUUCUUUUUGAAACCCAUCUUGCAACUGCCUGACUGCAAAAUCUACUUGCAGAUUCUGCAGACAAAAAUUGCUGCCACUUAUUAAAAGACUUUAUAGUGAAAACUGACUUUUUCCCCAAACCCCUGAUUCAAGGACUUUUGCGUAGAAACCAUGAACUGUUAAGAUAACCCUUCAUUACCAAUUAAGAUAAUAGGUUGUAAGUAACCUAAUGAGUACCAGCUUUCUCUUAUUUCCUUUAAAAACUCUCUCUAAACAGCCGGUCACGACACAAUGUCAGAUGCUUCUGGAAUCUGUUUCUCGAAUUCCAGUUCUAAAACUGCCAACAAACUCCUUAUUUGGACUUCAGUUUCUCUGACUCUUUGGUUCACCAUGUUGUGCAGCCAUCACCUCUCUCUACUUCCAGAGAAUAUUUUAUUAGUCCUCAAAAGAAACCGUGCACCCACCAGCAGUAACUCCCCACAACCUCUUUCAUCCAGUCCUUAGCAACCAUUAAUCUGGUUUUCGUCUCUAUUCAUUUGCCUUUCCUGGAUAUUUCGUAUACAUGGGAUCAUUCAGUAUCUGGCCUCUUGUAUCUGACUUUUUCACACAGUAUAACGUUUUCAAGGUUCACUAUGUGGUGCCUUGUGUCGUUUUUUGCUAUUUUGAUGUCAGGUUUUGAAAUGGUAUGUUUUUUCUCAUCUUUUAAGGGAUUUCCAGUUGUAGAAAAUCUAUUUGUGUGUAUGACUGCAAUUUAACCAUUUUAUUUGCAAUUCAUAUACAUGUUUUAACUUGAGUGAACUAUAUUUCCACUUUGUAUAAUGAAUACUAAAUUUUGUAUCUUAAAUAUUAAACUUUAUUAGAUAACUAGGAUACAAAUUACAGUUUUCACAUUUUUCUUUUCAUGGAAUAUAGUUAAUUUUUUUAAGUUUCUGAUAUUAAUUCAUUAUAACAUUUACUGGACAAUCACAUUUGGGUCUAUGAACUCUUUCCAUAUUUUAUGGGAUUUUUAUUUUAUUAUCUUAGGAAUUUUGGCAUCAUUCAGUUUUGCUGAGAGUUUAUUUUUAUUAAUACGUUCUGUGUACUAUGCAACCUGUAAUUGUUACUCCUGUUUUGCAAAUAUGGCAUUAAAACAUUGGCGAGUGGGGGGACUUUCCUCCCAUUUUAUUUCAUCAAAGAAAUCUUGUCAUUUCUCAUCAGACUUUAAGAUUUAUUGAGAAGAGUUAUUCACUAGUUUGGUAAACUGUGACUUCUAAAUUUUGAAGGACGUUGAACUAAAAUGUAAAAUAUGAUAAAUUGAUGGCUGUAAUUUAUUAGUUGUGAAUGGAAAUUUAAUUUAGACUUGUAAAAGAUUGUUUUUUAAAUUGCUAAUUGUGUGACAGUGAAGAGAAUGACUUCAAAAUAUCCCACUAUACAAUCUGCAAAGAAAAGAAUUGUGUCCCCUUUUUAGUGUAUCUUAACACUUCACUGAAACUGUUUUGAGUUCUUAGGUCAUCUCUUUUUCUCUAAACGAAACAAUUACUUUUUUAAAAGUCAAAUGUUAGCCAUCCUAGAAGUUGGGCAUAAAAUACUUGUAAGUAUAUGUUAAUAUUAUGAUACUUAAUGCCCGUGAAAAAUGUGUAUAGAAUUUUCAAUUACUCUUUAAAUAAAAGUGAAGAAAAAGCAAUAAUAAUUACUAUAAAUUCAAUAUGCAGUUAUGCAUGUAUGUGUGUGGUUAACACAAUUAGUUUCUCAUUAAGCUUUGUUUUUUAAAGAUAACAUGCACAUAUAUUGAUAAUGAUAAACAAUUCAUAUAGCUUUUUGUGUCCUCUCGUUCUCUGACAUAAAAGGUCAUUGAAAAAAUUGGCGAUUAAGUCAAAUUUGCAUUUUUCAGGAGAGUAGUAGAGCCGUCAGGGAGGCAGAUCAGCAGGGCAAGUAGUCAAUGUUACUGAAUUACCAUGUUUUACUUGAGAAUGAAUACAUUGUCAGGGCUCUAGGGGGUAGACUGGUUGGGCGGGGUUGAGAGGGGUGUUGGGGGCGGAGAAAUGAAAGUUUCAUUACAAAAGUUAACGUAACAAAGAAUCUGGUAGUAGUGAGUUUUGGAUAGUAAAAUAAGUUUCGAACUCUGGCACCUUUCAAUUUUGUCUCAUCCUCCUUGUUUUUCACAAUGCAAUCAUAUGCUUCUGCUAUGUUAAGCGUAUUCAACAGUGAUGAUUACAGUCCAGCUGUGCAACAGAAUAUUCCCGCUCUCCGGAGAAGCUCUUCCUUCAUUUGCACUGAAAGCUAUAACUCUAAGUAUCAGUGUGAAACGGGAGAAAACAGUAAAGGCAGCGUCCAGGAUAGAGUGAAGCGACCCAUGAACGCAUUCAUCGUGUGGUCUCGCGAUCAGAGGCGCAAGAUGGCUCUAGAGAAUCCCAAAAUGCGAAACUCAGAGAUCAGCAAGCAGCUGGGAUACCAGUGGAAAAUGCUUACUGAAGCCGAAAAAUGGCCAUUCUUCCAGGAGGCACAGAAACUACAGGCCAUGCAUAGAGAGAAAUACCCGAAUUAUAAGUAUCGACCUCGUCGGAAGGCGAAGAUGCUGCAGAAGAGUUGCAGUUCGCUUCCCGCAGAUCCCGCUUCGGUACUCUGCAGCGAAGUGCUGCAACUGGACAACAGGUUGUACAGGGAUGACUGUACGAAAGCCACACACUCAAGACUGGAGCACCAGCUAGGCCACUUACCGCCCAUCAACACAGCCAGCUCACCGCAGCAACGGGACCGCUACAGCCACUCGACGGAGCUGUACGACAAUCGGGUAACAUUGGCUACAAAGACCUACCUAGAUGCUGCUUUUUACGAUAACUUACAGCCCUCACUUUCUUAUGUUUAGUUUCAAUAUUGUUUUCUUUCCUCUGGCUAAUAAAGGCCUUAUUCAUUUCAGUUUUACUGGUAUUUCAUUUUAAACUUAAUUUCAAGACAAGUUGUGUCAACAAAAAACAUGCAAAGAAAUAAGACAUCCAGAAGCGAGCCCACCUAUGUUUGUGGCUGUUUAACAGAGUACUAACUUGAUACAAAGGGACACUGUGGUUUACUUUAAAUACUCUAAUGAGAAACACUUGAAAAUCGUACAAAAAAAAAAUCACACUUCUAUACGCAGCGUGUUAAGCAGUCCUUUCUAGACCGUGUAUUCAUUGGUCUUUCAGCUACUUUGUACGUCUCUAUAAAUUGCAGGUAACUAAGGAAUGGAUAUGUAAGCAGGAUCAAACUUGUUUCUUUCUCUCCCCUUCACGCUGUGGAAAAACCAGUUUUGCCUCCACUUGCAAUUCAGUUCCUUUACUCCAUAUAAAUCCAAAUGGUUGACAUUUCCUUUCAACUAGUUAUAAAAUGCCUCUGUUAAAACAAAAUCUUUAAUUCCUUGUCAUUUUAUAUCUCUGUGAAGCUCAUCAUUUUGCCUUUCUUCUGAAAACUAUCUCUUAAAAUGGCAAUCUACUUGUUUCCAUGGCCUAUUAGCUUUUAAGCCUAUGGAAUGAAAAAUACAGAUGGAAUGUUGAGAAUGGCAACUACCCAGAUUAUGCAGAUGGAAGGACAGGGGCUGGUGACCCAACUGGUUUAAUUUGAUGGGAUUUAAAUAAAAAUUUAAUGCCAAGACUUCAUAAAAUUUGCAUACUAAGCUAAAGCAGAAAGAAGUUUUAGAAGUUUACAAAUAACUGUAAACCACAGUUUAAAGUAUAAAUUACAAAUAAAUUUUUCUACAAUAAAAAUAAAUCAAAGGUCAAAAUUAAUGGUAUGUAUCAAAGUCAACUGUCCAAUAUUUCAAAACUUUUCAGACACAUUACCUUAAAUAAUAAAACUCACACACUAAAAGAGUGUAUAUUAGAGAUGGAUAUCCUGUUUCUCAAAGUUCAGGGUUUUAAAAAAGCUGUUAAUUCAUAAACCACUUUAUUCCAGGGACAAUAUUACUUAAUCUGAGCUUUAUGCCAAAUGAGAACUGUAUAUUGCCCGUUAACUUUUAAACACUGACUCAAAACUACUUUGUAAUAUUUAAAACCACUCUUUUCACUCUCCCAAAAAUAACACCCAUUCUGACCUUCAUUACCACACAUUAAUUUUCCUUUUCUUGAACCUCUGACACAGAUUCUCUGCUUGAUCAAACUUUAAUCAGGUUUCUGAACGUUCUCCUAGACACGCCUGUGCACUUCUUUGCCAAACUCAGUUUUGGCAAAAAACUCUCCUAAGCCAGGUUAGCAAGACUGUUCCCCCACUGCAUAUCUGAUCACCCUCAACAUUUGAUCGAUCACCCUCAAUAUCUGAUCAGGUUCCUCAUCCUCCACCACCCUCUAGGUGAUGUCUGAUCAGCCUAGCCUGUCUUCAGCAAGAAUCCGCCUUAUCUGUGAUGUCUUCUCUUAGUGAUUGUCCAUCCAUUGACCCUACUCCCUGCUCCUUGGCUAUAAAUCCCCACCUACCCAGCUGUAUUUGGAGCUAAGGCCAAUCUCUCCCCUAGUGCAAGACCCCAUUGCUGUGCUGUUGGUCCUGAAUAGUCUUCCUUACCAAGUUUGAACAAGUAUCACUGAAUACCAUUUUUCCUUAACAAUGUGAAUAAAUAUAAAUACAAAAUAUUAUGUGGAGCUUCUUUUGCUUAAUAAAUUUUGGCAGUUUUCAGAUUAUUAAAAAUUAGGUCUUCAUGCAUGUAUACAUUGUGGAAUGACUAAAUCAAGCUAAGGUAUCUACUACCUCAUAUACUUCCCUUUCCUUUUGCACUGGGAACAUUUAAGUUGUUCUCUCUUCGCAAUUUUCAAGCAUACAAUACAUUUUUAUUACCUAUAUUCAACAUGCUCUACAAUAGAUCUGAACGAAUUGCUUCUAUCUAGAUGAAAUAUUAUAAUUUUUGAAUAACAAUACUCAUCUCUCCACCUGACCCUACUAGAGGGUAGCCACAAUUCUACUCCCAAAAAUAUGAAAGACUUCACAUUUGAAUACCCUCCUGGCACAGGGGCAGUGUUAUUCUUCUCCAUAUCAUUCUAAUUUUAGUAUAUAUGCUGCCCAAACAAGAAUUUUUAAGAAAAAAUUGCUGUGAGUAUUUCAUUCUAUUUUUGUUGGACAAAUGAAUGGACACUUUCUGGUUUCAAUUAUUACAAACAGUGCUGUUUUUUAUACAUUCUUAUACAUGUACAAUGGAGAACAUUUAUAAGAAUUUCUGUGAAGCACACUCCCAAGAGCAGAAUUGAUACUUCAUGUACGGUUUAUUUAGGAAUUACUGAAAUGAAGCAUUUUUGUAUUUUU